UUGGAAGGUACGGCUUCCAGAUACACAUAAAAGGCCAGUAACUUCAAAGGAAAACCUCCACCUCCUUUCUAGAUUCCUCCAGCUUUCUUAUUUAUGUCUCUGCUGCUAAGUCGGGAUAGAUGGGUGCUUAUUGUUCACCUCCUUUUCAUCCCAGACCAGAUCCCAUUUAUUCCCAAAUAUUUCAGCUGAUUUCGAGGGGACUUAUUUAAAUCAGUCGCCGUCAUGGCAACUUUAAGGCACUAAAAUGUUAAGGAUUGGGGGUAGGGGGUAUUUUAAAUAUAUGAUUUUAAAUAUAUAAUUAGGGACAAAAAUAUAAUUAGGGAGUGGGUUCUUCCCAACCCUCCCCCAAAUUAAAAAAAAAAAAAAAAAGGGAAGGGAAGGGGAAAUUUCACCAUGGAGAUAUAAUCUUUAUUUUGUUUGGCUGUUUAAAGAGAAUUUGAAGAGAGGUUGGCCAUUUACUGGGAAUAUUGCAAAGUAUUUGGAAAUUGGAAGGAGGUAUAUUUCCAGGCAGGCAGUGAAUAAGAGUCUAGAUUUUGUUUUUUACUUUUUACGGAGUUAUAAAGGUUUUCUCUGUACAUUGUUAAAUUCUUAGCCAGCCACAAUGCUUUUAAAAAUCUAAGGUAGUAAUGCAGCCAUUAGUGUCGGUUGUGUGAUAAAAAGGGACGAGAAGACCGCAUGGUGUGUGCUUUAUCCCCACCGUACAGUGCAAACCUAUGUUCGUAUACACAUAUAGGUGUCCGCUAUGUAUAUGUACAUGAUGUAUAUGUAUAUAUGGAAACAUGGAAAAACCUUUUAUUGAUGCUAUGAAAACUUGACCACUAGGGCGAUGGCUCUGAGUGUUAAUAAAAGCGAAAGAGUGACUAUUCUCAUCGUCCAAAAAGAUGAUUGCCACCUCAAAUCUGGGCAAACAAAAGGGUAGAGAAGAUAUCCUGGUGCCCCGCAUAAAAUGAUAACUGGAUUUAAAAAACAAAACAAGACAAAACAAAACAAAAACUGACUAAUACUGAAAAUCUCAAUGGGACAAGAAAUUUGAAAUCGGUACUGGUUUUAAAUACUUGCACGGUAUUUUAAACGUCUGGGAAAAUAAAUGCCACAGCAAUUGUGCCUAGAAUGGAUAGGAUUUAAUUCUCUCCACUGGUUUAAAGAAUCAUUAGCUUUCUCCCUCAUCUCAAGAAACCUUCCCCCCAUAUAUAUAUAUAUUAUUUUUCCUUUCUGGUUUAUUUUUAAAGGACAAAAUAAUAAUAAUAAUUUUUAUAAAGAGAAAAAAAAUCAGAUUUUUUUCCUUCCUCCUCCCCAACAAUUGUUAAGAGUGACUAUUUUCUUGCUGGUUUUCUGAUGGGGAGCCUCGAUAGCCCUUCACAAUUGCUACCUACUUAAUGGAACUGUGAGAGAGAUGCCAUAAUUUUUGCCAUAAUGGGCUGUAACCUCGAUUCGACCCCGGCGGCGGCAGCGGCGGCUCUCUUGCCGCAGCAGCAUCCCUGGGUCGGGCGGCGUGCAGUAGUUCCCGAUGGCCUCCAGAGGGUGGCGCUCGAGGCCGGCUGACACUCGGGAGCUGGGGCCGGGGGCGCGCAUGGUUGGGCGGGAACGCGCCUCCUCAUCCCCCCCUUUCCCCCCAUCCCUCCUGCAUCCACCCAGCUCCCCCCUCCCUCUCUUUCUAGUGCACGAGUUUACCUCUAGAGGUCAUCAGGCAGGAUUUACGACUGGACAACAAAAGCACGUGACACGAAGCCGUACCCCCAUAUUUGGGUGCCUACGUAGGAGGGAACCGAGUACAUGUCCCAGUCAUUUCCAUAAUUCAUCAUAAAUUGUGCAAAGGGUGCUUAUAGACGCACCAAAAAACGAAGCAACAGAGCCACAAAUCAAAAGAAAAAAAGCCCCCCGAUUCUUCCUCUCUUCCAAAAAAUAAAAAAAAAAAGAAGAAAGGAAAGAAAGGGGGGAAAACCCACCCUUCUCCCCAAUCCUCCCCCCCAAAAAACCCAAACCAACAACAACAACCAACCAACCAACAACAAAUGAGCUCCUAUUUUGUAAACUCCUUUUGCGGUCGCUAUCCCAAUGGCCCGGACUACCCGUUACACAAUUAUGGAGAUCCUAGUGCCGUGAGCGAGCAAUUCAGGGACUCGGCUGGCAUGCAUUCCGGCAGGUACGGCGGCGGAGGAGGCUACGGCUACAAUGGCAUGGAUCUCAGCGUCGGCCGCUCGGCUUCCAGCCACUUUGGAGGAACAGCAGCAGCAGGAGCAGCAACAACAGCAUCAGGAGCAGGACCAGGAGCAGCAACGGGGCCCGCCGAGAGGGUCCGCGGGAGCUACAGCACCACCAGCCCCGAGGCCAGGUAUGCCAACCGGGCAGCAGCCGCGACAGCCACCCACUCGCCUCACUCGCCCGACCCUCUGCCCUGCGUCGCCUCCUCGCCCGUGAAAAACCCCACCGGCGCUUCCUCCACUUCCAGCAACACCAACACCACCACCAGUACCACCAGCAACACCAGCAGCAGCGGAGGACCCUGCCCUGGCAACCCUCACCUAGGCAGAGAAGGGCUAGUGGGCACCUCGCCUGGCAUCACUGAAGAGGACCCUCCGGCCGGCAGCGAGCAAGCCGGCUCCCAAGCGAACGACCAAAGCCCAGCCCAGCCGCAACCUCCACAGCCCCAGAUCUACCCCUGGAUGAGAAAGCUCCACAUAAGCCAUGACAACAUAGGGGGUCCGGAAGGGAAAAGGGCUCGGACUGCUUACACCCGCUACCAGACGCUGGAGCUGGAGAAAGAGUUUCACUUCAAUAGAUACCUGACCCGCAGGAGGAGGAUUGAAAUAGCACAUGCUCUUUGCCUCUCAGAGAGACAGAUCAAGAUCUGGUUCCAAAACAGGCGCAUGAAAUGGAAAAAGGAUAACAAGCUGAAGAGCAUGAGCAUGGCAGCCGCAGGAGGAGCCUUUCGGCCCUGAAGAGGAAACCCCAACCCUGCUCCUUCCUUCCUUCCUUCUUCCCAGGAAACCAACACCAACACCAACACCAUCACAACAACAACAACAACAACAAAACACAAAAAAUCCCAGAAACAAGUACUGAGCAGUAUUAUAUGAGCUGACUCUGCGUGGAAUGUCAGUUGUCUGUCUGUCUGUCUCUCUCUCUGCCUUCCUCUCUCUCUUCCUCGCCUUCUCUCUUCCUCUCUCCCUUUCUUCCUCUCUUUCUGCCUUUCUCCAACUUCCCUGGGAGAAGGGAAGACGCUCUCUAGUAUUACAUCUUUCAAUCAUGAGCCUGUUUUAAUUGAGCGCGUGCUUAGUAGAUCUGCUUCUUUGUCUUGAAUGGCUUUGUCUUGAAGAAGAAGAAGAAAUAAUAAUAGUAAUAAUAAUAAUAUGUAGAUGUUUUAACUUAUUUAUAUGAAGCCAGUGGUGUUACUUGAAGUAACUGUAAAAAAAAAAAGGAGGAGGGGGGAGACUACACACACACACACACAU